AUGACAUGGGGCCUGAAGUGCCAUUCCUGCCUCGGAGUGGAAUGCAACAAGGACCUGAGCGAGGAAAUGGCACAGAACUGCGAUGUGCUCCCCACCGCACCGGAGAAGAAAUACUACUGCGGCACCGACUAUGAUGACAGUUCGAAAAAGAAGGUCGUGAGGAGGCACUGCGUUUUAAAUUUUAAUGAUGCGGAGGAAUGUUACUCAACCACCGAUGUCCCAGGAGCAACCUUCGCAUGUAUUUGUUCCAGUGACCUCUGCAACAAUGUGGUCCCCCCAAAAGUUGAGCCACCGGUUCAACCAGAUAGCCCACAAAACGGCCCACGACAGGGCUCACCACACAGCGCUCAAGACAUGUUAGACUACGACCCGAACUACCAUGUGGAUGAAGCAGAAGAUGACUAUGAAGGAAACGAAUUUUGGGACAAACCAGACGACCAUCCAGACAACGAACCAGACAACCAACCAGACAACCAACCAGACGACCAACCAGAGGACCAUCCAGACGACCAUCCAGACGGCCCACCAGACGGCCCACCAGAGGAUCCUGACGACGAAGCCUCGCAAAGCAAAGACGUCGAAAACACAUCCACCUCGCCAAAAUCCGCUUUCACCCUUCUCAUCUCCGGCCUCCUCGCCAUCGCUGCAGUUCGACAGUGACAGGGCGACAAAGUCCAUCUUUUUUACUGCUCAAUCCAUCUAAGACCUGUCGCCCUAUCUUGACACGAUGUCCCUCUGCCAACCUCUCUCUCCUCUCCUACAAUAAAAAGUAUUUCUUUUUGUACCUCUAGUUCUUAUCUCGUUGGAACCGCCAGAUUGCCCCGAG